AUGUUGUCCCGUUUCGCUCGCCAACUGGCUGUUCCAGCCUUCCAGGGUGUUCUUCACGUGAGUUUGGACGCAACCGCGGCUUCUAGACCAAAUCAGAUUUUAGCCAACCCGCGCCACGAGCUCCAUUGCUCACACCAUCAAGGUUGCCAAGAAGAUCGAUGAGACCAGAGACAAGGCUCUUCUCGGAGGAGGAAAGAAGCGCAUCGACGCUCAACAUGCUCGCGUUAGUGACCGUACUUCUGUUUCAUUCAAACGUCGUUGAUUUUCAGGGAAAACUGACUGCUCGCGAACGCAUCGACCUGCUCCUGGAUAGAAGCACCUUCCGCGAGUAUGACAUGUUCGCUGAGCAUACCUGCAACGACUUCGGCAUGCAGAAGGAGAAGUACCCGGGAGACUCUGUCGUCACUGGACGUGGAGAGAUCAACGGACGCACAGUCUUCGUCUUCUCCCAGGACUUCACCGUCUUCGGAGGAUCCCUCUCUUCCAUUCACGCCAAGAAGAUCGUUAAGAUUAUGAGAGAGGCCAUGCUCGUCGGUGCCCCAGUCAUCGGACUCAACGACUCUGGAGGCGCCCGCAUCCAGGAGGGAGUCGAGUCUCUCGCUGGAUACGCCGACAUCUUCCAGGAGAACGUUCUUGCCUCGGGAGUCGUUCCACAGAUCUCUCUGAUUAUGGGACCAUGCGCCGGAGGAGCCGUUUACUCGCCAGCUCUCACUGACUUCACCUUCAUGGUUCGCGACACCAGUUACCUGUUCAUUACUGGACCGGACGUCGUCAAGGCCGUCACCAACGAGGAGGUCACUCAGGAGGAGCUCGGAGGAGCCAAGACCCACACCGUCACCUCUGGAGUCGCCCAUGGAGCUUUCGACAACGACGUCGAUGCCCUCAUGAGUCUCAGAGAGCUCUUCAACUACCUCCCACUUUCCAACACCGAUCCAUCCCCGAUCCGUGCCGCUGAGGACCCAUGGAACAGAUCGGUCCCGUCUUUGGAUACCGUCGUUCCGCUGGAGAGCACUGCUGCCUACAACAUGAAGGACGUGAUCCACGCUCUUGUCGAUGAGGGAGACUUCUUCGAGAUCAUGCCCGACUACGCCAAGAACCUGGUCAUCGGAUUUGCCCGCAUGAAUGGUCGCACCGUAGGAGUGGUUGGAAACAACCCGAAGUUUGCUGCCGGAUGCCUCGACAUCAACUCAUCCGUCAAGGGAGCCCGUUUCGUCCGUUUCUGCGAUGCCUUCAACAUCCCACUCAUAACUUUGGUUGAUGUACCCGGAUUCUUGCCAGGUAAAUUGAUGACUACGCGGUACAGAUGGUUAUGUAUCUCUUUCAGGAACUUCCCAAGAGUACGGAGGUAUCAUCCGUCACGGAGCCAAGCUUCUGUACGCUUUCGCCGAAGCUACCGUCCCGAAGAUCACUAUCAUCACCCGCAAAGCCUUCGGAGGAGCCUAUGACGUCAUGGCUUCGAAGCAUCUUCGUGGAGAUAUCAACUACGCGUGGCCAACUGCUGAGGUCGCUGUGAUGGGAGCCAAGGGAGCCGUCUCGAUCCUGUUCCGCAACGACAAGGAGCACGCCGUGCAGCACGAGGAGGAGUACACCGAGCUGUUCAGCAACCCGUUCCCGGCCGCCGUUCGUGGAUUCGUCGAUGACAUCAUCACGCCGUCGGAUACCAGAAAGAAAGUGUGCGAGGACUUGAACAUGCUCGAGAGCAAGAAGCUCACCAACCCAUGGAAGAAGCACGGAAACAUUCCACUCUAA